AUGGCACGGUCAAUUAUUCCUCAAACAAUAAAUGGUGUACGAACACCAAUUGAUGAUACACUUCCAAUGACAUGUGUUAUUGAAAGUUCACAACUUGUUGAAGGACAUGGGGUUUAUUCUAUUCGAGUUGCACGUGCUUCAAAUGAUCCAUCAUGUUCAUGGGUUGUUACCAAACGUUUUAGAGAAUUUGAUGAUCUUAAUAAUAUUUUAAAAGAAUAUGGUUUCGAAUUUGAAUUACCAAAGAAAAAACUUCUUGGUAGAACUGAUCGAACAUUUAUGGCUGAAAGACAAAAAGGUCUUCAAACAUAUCUUCAUACACUUGUUCAACAAUUCGAACUUUGUAAUUCAUUAGUAAUACAACGUUUUCUUGAUCCAGAAAAUCAUAUGAUGAAUUAUUCAGAAUUAGCGUUACAACAUGUGUCAAUGUUUAUUCGUUCAACGAAUAAUAUCUAUCAAAUUGUUGAACAACUACCGGAUUUAGGUUGGCGAUAUAAUAAAAGUUAUUUUUUAGCAACUAAAACUGGUGUUUCGAAAGAUGACCGUUAUCUUUUAUCAUGGUGUCAUUAUGGAUUAGACAAAGCAUUUGGAGAAAAAGAUAUUGCUAAUUGUUUAAAAUUAUUAAAAUCAAUUGUGCAUCCACUUAUCGUUCCAAUUGAUGAAAUUUAUGCUAAUGAAACUGGUACACUUACUGUUUGUCGAUUCUAUAGUAAAGGUUCAUUAAAAGAUUAUCUUCAUCAGACAAAACCAAUAAAUGGUGCAUAUUGGAAACGUUAUGGUCCAAAAUCAUUAUCACGGGGAUGUGAUUUAAAUCAAAUUAAAAGUUUCGGUCGUCAAAUUUUAGAAGCAUUACUUUUCAUUUAUGAUAAUGGUCUUGUUUAUGGACACUUACAUUCCGGCAAUAUUCUGUUUGAUCUUGAUCAAGCAUUACCAAUUAAAUUACUCGAUAUAGCCAACGCAAUUGUAGGUGUUUCAUCGAAAUAUCGUUGUCAUAUUUCUAAUCUUAAACAAAUUCGUACACUCGAACAUUGUGAUGUUUAUGCAUUUGGACGAGUCUUAUAUGAGUUAUCAACAGGUGAAGAAUGUCCAACAAGUACUUGUAUACAAUUUCCAAAUACAGUACCAAUAUCUGUGCAACAUGUUCUUUUAAAAAUUCUUGCACCAACAGGAGAUUUACCAACAAUUCAAGAACUCUUAGAUGAUUCAUUUUUUCAACAAACGACAUCAAAUAAUAUCGAACGAUUUCAAUUAAAAUUAAGUCCAAAAGCAAAAGAAGCAUUUGAACAAAUUAGUCGAACUGCUCAAGGUCGAUUAGAAGGUGAUCAAGCAAAAAUUAAAAAUGUACAACGUCGUACCAGACUUGCUAAUCAUCUCAUGUCGGAUGAAGAAAGACUUAAACGACGUAGAGAAAGACAAGCUAAAGCACUGGAACAAAAUCCAGAUCCUAACACCAAUUCACCUGGCGCAUCAAAAUUUAUGCAACGUUCAAUCAGUGUUGAUCCUUUACAAUUAUCUAUAGAAAAACCAACAUCAAGAAGACCUUUGACACCAACUCUAAGUGUUGACAUAUCGAAUGUUCCUCAGACACCAUCUACUCCAACUGCAGCACUGCCUCCACCUCCGCCCCCACCUCCACCACCGCCACCACCAAUUGCAUCAUCAUCUUCUGCUCCUCUAGCUGCUAGCGAUGGUGAUCGAGCACAACUAUUAAGUUCAAUUACAGACUUUAGCCUUGCUAAACUAAAAAAAGCCAAAACCAAUGAUCGUAGUGCACCAAAAAUAUAA